GUGAUCUGAUUUACAGCAGAAUGGACAGUGAUGGAUGUAGAUUUUAUGCCAUCUGUGGUCCAACAUGUAGAGUUGAACGACACUUUGGAGGUUGUAACAUUACUACUCCUCUAACCACUACUUCAUCUGAAUGGUCUACCGUAACAACAUCAGUUCCUCUGACUACCACCACUUCUGGCUGUGUUUCUUCUACAUACCCUCCCCUACAGCCUGGACAAAGAUACAAACUAUCCAACUGUACAGAACUCAUCUGUAAGGGAGACAACAAGGUAGAAAUAAUUCCAACACACUGCCCACCUGUAAAGGAAAUUACCUGUGCGAACAGAUAUCCUGCAAUACUGGUACCUGAUGAAAACGGCUGCUGUUACAAAUAUGAGUGUCAAUGUGUGUGCAGUGGAUGGGGUGAUCCUCAUUAUAUUACUUUUGAUGGAACCUACUAUACUUUCCUUGAAAACUGCACUUAUGUCCUGGUGAAACAGAUUGUACCUAAAUAUGAUAACUUCCGUGUUUACAUUGACAAUUAUUACUGCGAUGCAGAAGAUGGACUUUCCUGCCCUAAAUCCAUUAUUAUUUUCUACAAAUCUGCAGAAGUGCUGCUGACCCGUAAACUCAUGAAUGGUGUGAUGACGAAUGUGAUGUACUUCAACAAAAAGAUUGUCAAACCAGGCUUCAGAAAAGAUGGCAUUUCUUUCUCCACACUUGGCAUCAACAUGAUUGUUGAAAUACCAGAGAUUGGUGCAACCAUCACCUUUAGUGGACUGAUUUUCUCUGUGAAACUCCCAUACAGCAAAUUUGGCAACAACACCGAAGGACAAUGUGGAACAUGUACAAAUAAUAAAUCAGAUGAAUGCCGCUUACCAAGUGGUAAGAUCAUUUCCUCCUGUCCCCAAAUGGCUCAUCACUGGAUCGUUGAUAACAACAGAUCGUGCCAUGGAGUACCAGUACCAACAGUUGUAAGCACACCUUCACCAAAGCCUCACUGUAAACCACCUCAGCUUUGCAAGCUUAUCUGGAGCAAGAUUUUUGCAGAAUGCCAUGCUGUCAUACCACCAGAACCAUUUUUCAAAGGCUGUGUUUUUGAUGGAUGUCGCAUAGCCAAUGAAUCCAUGCAGUGUUCCAGUUUGGAGAUAUAUGCUACAGAGUGUGCUGCUAGAGGUGUCUGCAUCGACUGGAGAGGAAAGACCAACAAUACAUGCCCAUACAACUGUCCAGCAAACACGGUAUACAAGCCAUGUGGGCCCAUUAAUCCUGCCACCUGUGACCCAAGCUUUGUUGAGCUUCCUGGCUAUGGAGUGACUGAAGGAUGUUUCUGUCCUGAAGGACAGAUGCUCAUAAGUGAAGACGGCAACACCUGUGUUUCUGAAUGCUCUUGUAGGGAACCAAAUGGAGUACCCAGAUCGCCAGGAGAAAAAUGGUCCAAAGAUUGCCAGGAAUGUGUCUGUGACAAAAAUACUCUUAAAGUGCACUGUACAAAACACAAAUGUUCUCUGACACAGCAAGUAUUUUGUGAUGAACCAGGUUACGUGCCUGUUCAGACGCCAAUACCAGAAGAUCCAUGCUGUACCAGGACUGAGUGCUACUGCAACACUAGCCACUGCCCUAAGGUCACACCCCAGUGCUUAGAGGGACAGGAAGUAAUCACAAUAAUGCAGCCUGGAAAAUGCUGUCCUACCUUUGAAUGCAGACAUGGUUGUGUAGUCAAUGAAACCUAUUAUGCACCUGGAGCUGUCAUUCCAUCAGGCCCCUGUGAAGAAUGCACCUGCUCUGAAUCCUCUUACCCAAGCCCUCAUCAUGCUACCAUCAAGUGCAAGCCUGUUAUCUGUGACACACACUGCCCAGUGGGUUAUAAGUAUACAAAGAAACCUGGACAGUGCUGCGGCACAUGCAAGGCAGCAGCUUGUAUAAUGACUGUGGGAGACAACAUUACACGCGUGCUCCAAGUUGGAGAAUUCUGGAACCCACCUGGUGAUAACUGUACAACUUACACAUGUGAAAAAUAUGAUGACCUAUUCAUUCCAGUCAUCUCACAGAAAAGCUGUCCUCUCUUUAACCCUGAUGACUGUGAUCCAGAUGACAUCAAGCUAUCUGGCGAUGGCUGCUGUAAAGAGUGCCAAGUAAAACUGAAGAGUUGUAUGAAGCACAAUACAACUACUGUCAUCAAAUAUCAUGGAUGUGUAUCUCCUGUACCUGUUGAGAUGACAUACUGUGAAGGCAGCUGUGAUGCUUACUCGCGAUAUUCUCCAGAGGUGAACAUGAUGGAACAUAAAUGCUCGUGUUGUCAGGAAAUCAAGACCAGCCAAAGAAAGGUGACUCUGACGUGCAGUGACGGAACCUACCUUGAUCACUCAUACACCUACGUGGAGAAAUGCAGCUGUGUGAGCUCUGAGUGCAUUUCCCAAGUCAGCACCCAACAGGCAACAAACCAGACAAAGGCCUCUCAGGAACAAGCGAAUGUCUAA